AUGCUUGAGUUGGCUGAGUCAUGCUCUGCGCCUAAGCGCGACGUUAGGCUAAGCCGCGUAUCCGAAACCUCCGGGGUGGCCUAUGUUGACGACUCGAUCUACAACUUGCUCCGCGAGAGUGAGGCACGAGGUGAAGAAUAUAUCAACCCGGCAGUUAAACUACUCCAUCAUUAUGAGAUGAUGCAUGGUGUCUACGGGACGAAAGUGUUUGCGACGGACAAGGCUGAAAGAGAUAGCGUGACUCUACGUAGCGGCCACUUGAAUAUUGUGCAAGACGACAUCCUGGACUGCUAUGCCCGAGACUGGCUUUUGAGGUGGACGGCUUAUUAA